AUGAGCUCCCAGAUUCGUCAGAAUUAUUCCACCCAGGUUGUGGUUGCGGUCAACCACCUGGCCGACCUGCAUCUGCGGGCCGCCCAUACCUACCUCUCUCUGGGCUUCUAUUUCGACCUGGACAAUGUGGCUCUCGAGGGCAUGGGCCACUUCUUCCGAGAGUUGGAAGAAGCAUCUCUAAAGGUGCAAAACCAGUGCUGUGGCCGCAUUCUCUUCCAGGACGUGCUGAAGCCGUCCCAAGAUGAGUGGGGCAAAACUCAGGACGCCAUGGAAGCUGCCCUGGCCUUGGAGAGGAACCUGAUCCAGACCCUUUUGGAGCUGCAGGCCCUGAGUUCUACCCGCACAGACCCUCAGCUCUGUGACUUCCUGCAGAACCACUUCCGGGGUGAGGAGGUGAAACUCAUCAAGAAGAUGGGCAACACCUGA